AUGCCAUCUGCGGAACCAGAGAGUAUUUCCGCUGCCCUGCGCCGCCAUCGCAAGCUGUCAGUGACUGCUGUUGAUGUUGCGCAUUCUCCUUCUCACGCUGUGGUGUCGCCUUUUGCGCCGCUUUCUACUUCUUCCCAGGCUUCUGCUCAGUCUAAAACACAGAUUCUGUGGCAACAACGUAUCUUUGUCGGCACCAUGCAAAAAUACGUUGUCGUAGAGAUUGGCCCUUCGACCAUUGCAGGGGAAGUGUUGCAGAUUGUCGAUGCGCAAGGGAUGCUUGAGGAGGGAGCGGCGGCUGGAGGAUGGAUGUUAUGGGAGGUUGCUCAGGACUUCGGAAUGGAGCGUCCCGUCCGAAGUUUUGAGUCUUUGGCGGAUAUCUGCAAUUCAUGGAAUACCGAUAAAAUCGUCAAUUUGUUGGUGAUCAAAAAAACGCUAUUGGCGCCAGUACUCAGCCGUUCAGCUGUUCCACGCAGCUCCCCCAUCUGCAGUGGAUAUGUACAAUAUGAACACAAGCGCGGCAAGUGGCAGAAGCGUUGGCUGGAUUUGCGGGAGCACAGCUUGUUCCUCUCAAAGCGUGAUGGCGGCAAGGAUUCCGUCUUUCUCUGUUCCUUGAACAACUUCGACGGCUAUUAUGUCACGCGCCCACACAAGGCUCCAAAGCCUUACGUGUUUGCUGUGAAAUCUACGGACAGUUUGACGUUCUUCGAGAACACUUCUGAUUAUGUUCACCUCUUCUCGUGCACUGAAGGCGAGGGCAAGAAUUGGCUGGAGAAGAUUCUUCUCGCCCGUUCAUACGUUCUCUACCAAGAACGAAAUGUUCUUUCUUCAGCUACGGCCUCAAGUCUUAUGCGUGCAGGAACCACGCGAGCUGGCCAACGCCCGGUGCAACCUCUGGUCAAUGUCAGCGCUCCUAAAGUCGAUCCGCCUUCCAUCGGUUUCGAACCUGGUUCUCUACUCGCGAAGCGUCAGCCCGCCUGA